UAGUAUUUUGAUCCUGUCUCAAACAUUCGCUCUGGAGCACUUUGAUGACAUAAUCGGAAAGCGACGGCGGCGCUGCGUCUAUCUAUCCGCAUUUGGAUGAAGUUUAUUUUAACUGGUUUGAUCCUUCACCAACACAUCUAAUGCAAGAUGACUUUGCAGUGGACUGCAGUUGCCUCUUUCCUCUACGCUGAGAUUGCGGUUCUUAUCAUCUUCUGUCUGCCUUUUAUUUCUGCUCAAAGAUGGCAGCGUAUUUUCAAUUGGAACAUCUGGAACCGUCUUUCCCAGUUCUGGAACAAAGGAUUUCUCACCAUGAUAGUUAUCCUCAUUGUUCUUUUUCUUGAUGCCCUGCGAGAGGUGAAGAAGUACUCUAGUGCUGACCAGACCAAAGAGGCCAAACUCCAACCAAACAUGUAUGAUCACAUGCACAUGAAGCUCUUCCGAGCCCAGAGGAACCUUUACAUCUCGGGGUUCUCACUUUUCCUGUGGCUCGUCCUGAGGCGAGUUAUAACUCUUAUUAACCAGCUGGCCACGGCUGUGAGCACCAGCGCCGCCCUACAGAUUCAGGCUGAAAGUGCAAACCAGGCUGCCAAGAAAUACAUGGAGGAUAAUGAGCUGCUCAAACAGGCACUUGCAGAUGACAAAAGAGAAGCAGGAGGGAAGAAAGAAGACUCAGAGGAGACAAAAGUUCUGAAGACAGAGGUGAAGAAUCUGAAAGAACAGCUCCAGAGGACCACAGAUGCCCUAACGAAAUCAAGAUCAGAUUCAGAGGCCAUGAGAAAGCAAACUGUAGGACUUACCAAAGAAUACGACCGCCUGCUUCAAAAACACCAGGAGCUUCAGAAUCAGCUGGACAGCGAAGACAAAAAAGACAACUAGACCCCCCAGUUUCUCGGCUGUACGGCUGUAUGGAUAACCGCUGUAUCCCGCACUAGCAUGCAAUUAAAACAGGUUGAGUUCAUUUAAGAGUUCUCAGGUCUGAAGCCUUCACAACAUCACUUCCUGUCCGGUUGCCAGCUUGCCACACAUUUGAAGUAGCAGUAGCAGUUUUUCUGUAUGUUUUUUUUUUCUUUGGUUCUGGCGAUGCAGAGCUGUAUCUUGAGAUGAGCUGCCUGGUCAAGCAUGUAAACAUGUCUGUGAAUCCAGCAGCUGCUCAGACUGAAUGUAGGUUGUGUUAUCGAUGCUUUUAGGUUGUAGAGCGAUGCUUGCAAUGUAUUGGUAUACCUUCUGUCCUUCCUUCCUCCUUUGAAUGACUCCUUGGCAAAACAAACCUGGUGUGAACAUUGAAAUACUUCACACAAACAAACACGAGUCCGAGUAGCACUUGGGUAGCUGAGUCAAUCCAUGUUUUACCAUACUUUUAUAUAUAAUUCGUAAAAUAAAUCCCUCCUUUCAUUUUCAAAAGGCGUACACGUCUGUUGUUGUAAUCCAUCAGGAAGUGUAUCUAAUAUCACAUACAAGUUACAUUGGUAAUUUCAGCAACUUUAAUUGAGGAAAACUAUACAUACAGAUAAAACAACAUGUAAUCGAUAAACACAUCACAUAAAACUCUUGUGAGCCCAUCAACAAUGACAGUAAGAUAUUGUGUUUGUUCUUGAACCUGCAGAGGUAGUAAUAUCACACCUGAGCUCAAAAGGCUGUUAAACAAAUGCUAACACCAGAUCUCUCCAAUAUGGUGACAUUUAUCUAACACACGAGGAUAGACAGUUUCCUAUUGAAGUUCAUUUGAGGUAGCUCUAUUUCUGUGCUAUUGAUCCGUAAACUUCCAACACGGGUCAAAAAUUGUCUAAGAAACACGUGGUGUCAUAUUUCACCCCAAAACAACACAAACAUGACAUCCAAAUUAUAUUAAUAUUUAUAGUGUAAAUAACAAAUUGUGGUACUGGUGAAUAUAUCACAGUGGUUCUUUAAAAUAGAAAACAUCAUUUUCUUACUGUUUUUCAUUUGAUUUGGGGUGUAAUGUGACCUGGACAUGUUUUCCCGACCUCCACGCUGUUGCUGGUAAGGAUAUUUUUAUUGGCCUGUUAAAUGCCUAGUCCCUGAAAAACAUGAUAACAAUUUUUUUAAACUAAGCAAGGAUAAAAAAAGACUCGUCCUAAUGCUGUUAGCCAUAAAUGUCUGGAUUUAUUUUUUUGUGCUAAGAAUAAGCCAUAACCUGCUUUGUGGGUGUUCUUCAAAACAAUGCCGUCUGCAGCGUGUCAAUACUCUGAUCUAUUUACCACGCUUCCAUGCCCACUUCCAGACGGCAUGAUGCUGAUACUUGUCUAAUCCUGAUUUCAGAUCUGCACUUAACAGACAGAAGAGAUGGAAAAUUAUGAAAUGUGCUAUGCAACUCUGUAAAAAUAGUUUGUUUUGAGAUAUUCUGAAAUGUCUUAAAAUAACAAAGGGGGAAUGUUAAAGUCUUUAUCAAUAUCUUCCUUCACAGAAGAUAAAGUGUGUUUAGAUUUUAAUGGGUGCGAAACGCUCCCUGUCCAAGUGCCUCAGGUGAGCGGCAACUGUUUACCGUUUGUUGUGAUUGUAUUCGCAUCGUUUCUCUCUGUCUUCACAAUUAAAGUGAAAUAUUUUACUGUU